AUGGAGACCAUCAUGAAGAAACUGCAAAACCAACUCGACACAAUGCAGGAAGCGCUUGUCAUGGUCCAAAACACUUUCAGCUACAUCAACCAAACACGACAAAACAUGAAAAACGAAGUCCCAUAUGAAAUGCUAUACAAACAGGCCGUCGUCACCGAAACCUUCAUCAAUGAUCUUGAUCAAGACACGGUGAUCAUGCUCGACAUCUUCCAGGCAAUGCAAGAGAACAGGGCUUCCGCUACCGAGGUCUGCAAGAAAAUCAUCAAUGACCACCAGGUCCCGUGA